UGUCAAUGAUAUUGCAACACAAACACACUGACCUCAUUGAGUUCUUGGACUCGUAUAUAAAUAUUCAUAAAGAGUGUCAUGGCAGAAUAUCUUCCUACUUAGCCUUCUCUUCUUUCUCUCUUCUCUCAUUCUUCCACUCAUUCUUUCUCAUUCCUCCCAAACAUCUCAUUCACUCAUUCACCCUCAGUUUCUUCCAUACAAUUUGAUACAACAUAACAUUUAGAGACCAACAUAGUGUAAAUCAAGGCAGUAAAAUCAAGAAUAAGGAUAAAAUGAAUGAUAGUCAUAGCAAAAUGCCAAUCUUUGCACCAAUAAGCCUUCCCAUCAAACGGAGGCUUCAGACAGCAGCGGUCUUAUUCUGGAUGACGGCUUUGGCGACCUGUACGACGCUCUUCUUUUACUUGUGCACUAUCAAAUAUUUAUGGCCAUUGAUUAUCAUCUACCUCCUCUGGAUUUUGAUGUUCGACCGUGCGCCCGAAGAAGGCGGCAGAUGUUUCGAUUGGGCUAGGAGAUUGCCUAUCUGGCGACACUAUGCUGAGUUCUUCCCGAUGACUUUGAUCAACGAAAGUGAUUUAGAUCCAUCUAAAAACUACAUUUUUGGGUACCAUCCUCAUGGAAUCAUUUCAUUGGGUGCGAUUGCCACCUUUGGAAGUGAAGCACUCAACUUUUCGAAACGAUUUCCUGGGAUCAACAUCCGUCUGUUGACACUGCAAACCAACUUUACUUUUCCAAUCUAUCGCGACAUGAUCAUGGCACUUGGUUUGGCCUCGGUCUCAAAGGGAUCAUGUGAAAACAUCUUAAAGAUGGGUCCGGGAAGCUCGAUCGCGAUUGUGGUUGGUGGUGCUCAAGAGUCAUUGGCUGCUAAGCCUGGAACAAUAGAUCUGACCCUCAAAAAGCGACUGGGCUUUAUUAAGCUAGCUUUAGUUAACGGAGCAAGUUUAGUUCCAACUUUGGCAUUUGGUGAAAAUGACUUGUAUGAACUCUACGGUGCCGACAACAAGAGCAAAACUUACAAAGUUCAACAAGCGAUGAAGAGGGUCCUGGGUUGGACAAUGCCCUUGUUUAAUGGUCGUGGUGUCUUUAACUAUGAAUUUGGAGUCCUUCCAAGGAGGAAACCUGUUCACAUUGUAAUUGGAAAACCUAUCCAUGUCGAGAAAGUUGAAGGUUCACCUACGGAAGAGCAACUCAAAGAAUUGCAAAAGAAGUAUAUUGAUGCACUUUUGGGUAUCUGGGAUCGUUAUAAAGACAAGUAUGCUGCUGGUCGUACGCAGGAACUUCAAAUUGUUGAGUAACAAUAGGUGAUUAAUAGAUUAAAUAUUUAAAUAAAGCAUUUUCAUUUCAUGUAC